CGCUGCGGCUGCGGCUGGGCUGGGGGCGGCGGCGCGGGCGGCGGGCGGCGCGGGGCGGUCCGGCGGGUUCAAAGAGGAAAACAUGGCGGAAAACAAAGGCGGCGGCGACGGCGAGAGCGGCGGCGGGGGCAGCGGCAGCGCGCCGGGGACGGCCGGGGCCGGCGGGCCCGCGGCGCAGGAGGCGGAGCCGCCUCUCGCCGCGGUGCUGGUGGAGGAGGAGGAGGAGGAAGGCGGCCGGGCCGGCGCGGAGGGCGCCGCGGCGGGGCCGGACGACGGGGGGGCGGCCGCGGCCUCCGGCUCGACCCCGGCCGCCUCAGCCCCGGCAGCCUCCGCGGGGCCCGGGGCUCCCGGGGGCGCGGCGCCGGCGCCGGCCCCGGCCCCGGCCGCGGCCGCGGCGCCCGCCCCGGGCCCCUCGGCGGGGCCGCCCCCGGGGCCGCCGGCCUCGCUGCUGGACACCUGCGCCGUGUGUCAGCAGAGCCUGCAGAGCCGGCGCGAGGCGGAGCCCAAGCUGCUGCCCUGCCUGCACUCCUUCUGCCUGCGCUGCCUGCCCGAGCCCGAGCGCCAGCUCAGCGUGCCCCUCCCGGGCGGCAGCAACGGCGACGUCCAGCAGGUUGGUGUGAUACGGUGCCCAGUAUGCCGCCAAGAAUGCAGACAGAUAGACCUUGUGGAUAAUUAUUUUGUUAAAGAUACAUCUGAAGCUCCUAGCAGUUCUGAUGAGAAAUCAGAACAGGUAUGUACUAGCUGUGAAGACAAUGCAAGUGCAGUUGGCUUUUGUGUAGAAUGUGGAGAGUGGCUCUGUAAGACAUGUAUUGAAGCACAUCAGAGAGUAAAAUUCACUAAAGAUCACUUGAUCAGGAAGAAAGAAGAUGUUUCAGAGUCUGUUGGAGCAUCUGGUCAGCGCCCUGUUUUCUGCCCUGUACACAAACAAGAGCAGUUGAAACUUUUCUGUGAAACAUGUGAUAGACUGACAUGUAGAGACUGCCAGCUAUUGGAACACAAAGAACAUAGGUACCAGUUUUUGGAAGAAGCUUUUCAAAACCAGAAAGGUGCAAUUGAGAAUCUACUAGCCAAGCUUCUUGAGAAGAAGAACUAUGUUCAUUUUGCAGCUACUCAGGUGCAGAAUAGGAUAAAAGAAGUAAAUGAGACUAACAAACGAGUAGAACAGGAAAUAAAAGUGGCCAUUUUCACCCUUAUCAAUGAAAUUAAUAAGAAAGGAAAAUCUCUCUUACAGCAGCUAGAGACUGUCACAAAAGAAAGACAGAUGAAGCUGGUGCAGCAGCAGAAUGACAUCACGGGCCUCUCGCGGCAGGUGAAGCACGUCAUGAACUUCACCAGCUGGGCGAUUGCGAGCGGCAGCAGCACCGCCCUCCUGUACAGCAAGCGGCUGAUUACUUUUCAGUUGCGCCAUAUUUUGAAAGCUCGUUGUGAUCCCGUCCCCGCUGCUAACGGAGCAAUACGUUUUCAUUGUGAUCCCACCUUCUGGGCAAAGAACGUAGUCAAUUUAGGUAAUCUAGUAAUAGAGAGUAAACCAGCGCCUGGGUAUACUCCUAACGUUGUAGUUGGGCAAGUUCCUCCGGGGACAAACCACAUUAGUAAGACUCCUGGACAGAUUAACUUGGCACAACUUCGACUCCAACACAUGCAACAACAAGUGUAUGCACAGAAGCAUCAGCAGUUGCAACAGAUGAGGAUACAGCAACCGCCUGCUCCUGUAUCAACAGCAACAACAACAACACAACAGCACCCACGACAAGCAGCCCCUCAGAUGUUACAACAGCAGCCUCCAAGACUGAUCAGUGUGCAAACAAUGCAAAGAAACAACAUGAACUGCGGAGCUUUCCAAGCCCAUCAGAUGCGAUUGGCUCAGAACGCCGCCCGGAUACCAGCGAUCCCCAGGCACAGCGCCCCCCAGUAUUCCAUGAUGCAGCCACACCUCCAAAGACAACACUCGAACCCAGGGCAUGCCGGCCCCUUUCCUGUUGUGUCCGUGCACAACACCACGAUCAACCCAACCAGCCCCACCACAGCCACCAUGGCGAGUGCGAACCGAGGCCCCGCCAGCCCGUCUGUCACAGCCAUAGAGCUGAUCCCCUCCGUCACCAACCCCGAGAACCUGCCGUCGCUGCCGGACAUCCCGCCCAUCCAGUUGGAAGAUGCUGGUUCCAGUAGUUUAGAUAAUCUACUAAGUAGAUACAUCUCAGGCACUCACCUCCCCCCACAGCCUACGAGUACCAUGAAUCCCUCUCCAGGCCCCUCUGCCCUGUCUCCAGGAUCAUCAGGUUUAUCCAAUUCUCACACCCCUGUAAGACCCCCUAGUACGUCUAGUACUGGCAGCAGAGGCAGCUGUGGGUCAUCGGGAAGAACUGCUGAGAAGACAAGUCUUAGUUUCAAGUCUGAGCAAGUGAAGGUCAAGCAGGAGCCUGGGACUGAAGAUGAGAUAUGUGGCUUUUCGGGAGCCGUGAAGCAGGAGAAGACGGAGGACGGCCGGAGGAGUGCCUGCAUGUUGAGCAGUCCUGAGAGUAGUUUGACACCACCUCUCUCAACCAACCUGCAUCUAGAGAGUGAGUUGGAUGCAUUACCAGGAGUGGAAAACCAUGUGAAAACUGAGCCUACAGAUACGAAUGAAAGCUGCAAACAGUCAGGGCUCAGCAGCCUUGUUAAUGGAAAGUCUUCAAUUCGAAGCCUCAUGCACAGGUCGGCAAGGAUGGGAGGAGAUGGCAACAGCAAAGAUGACGACCCGAAUGAGGACUGGUGUGCUGUCUGCCAGAACGGAGGGGAUCUCCUGUGCUGUGAGAAAUGCCCCAAGGUCUUCCAUCUGACUUGUCAUGUUCCAACACUUCUUAGCUUUCCAAGUGGGGACUGGAUCUGUACGUUUUGCAGAGAUAUUGGGAAGCCAGAGGUUGAAUAUGAUUGCGACAAUUUGCAGCACAGUAAGAAGGGGAAAACAGCCCAGGGGUUAAGCCCUGUGGACCAAAGGAAAUGUGAACGUCUUCUGCUUUACCUCUAUUGUCACGAGUUAAGUAUUGAAUUCCAGGAGCCAGUUCCUGCUUCGAUACCAAACUACUAUAAAAUUAUAAAGAAACCAAUGGACUUAUCGACCGUGAAGAAGAAGCUUCAGAAAAAGCAUUCCCAACACUACCAGGUGCCCGAUGACUUUGUGGCUGACGUGCGUCUCAUCUUCAAGAACUGUGAAAGGUUUAACGAAAUGAUGAGAGUUGUUCAAGUUUAUGCAGAAACACAAGAGAUUAAUUUGAAGGCUGACUCAGAGGUAGCUCAGGCAGGGAAGGCAGUCGCAUUGUACUUUGAAGACAAACUCGCAGAGAUCUACCCAGACAGGACCUUCGCACCUCUGCCCGAGUUUGAGCAGGAAGAGGAUGACGGGGAGGUAACGGAGGACUCUGACGAAGACUUUAUUCAGCCCCGCAGGAAACGCCUAAAGUCAGACGACAGACCGAUACAUAUAAAGUAAAGACACGACUUAACCCAGUUUAAACAGAGAGCAGACACACUUGUACGUGUUGCCUGAAAGUCUGCCUACCGUGGGGGCGCCUCCUUGAAGAAACUGAGAGCUUCACACAGUAUUAGCGGAAACAGCGGACAGAAACCACGCUCCUGUCAAGAAGGGGAGGAACUCUGCACCAUUGAAAGUAAAAACUAAAAGCAAAAGUGAAAUACUCGGAAGAUUUCUGUUACUAAAGAGAAGAGUUCUGUUAGAAUUGGAAGAUGAUUAUGUGGUAUUGAUUGAUUGGUGCAGGAUGCUGGAUGUAUAAGUUAAUACUGGAGGGUCAUGUCACUUGACAAACCGUCUCUGUGGACCACAGCGGACAGCUGUUAAACAACUCUGAUGCCUCCCUCUCCACACACACACACUGGCUUGUUUUCUAGUGAAAGUUGAAUUUUUUAUGUCAAUACAGAUGUGCAUUGAAUCAUACACUUACGUUUUUUCUCACUUUGAUGCUGUUGGGCCUUGGUUUCUAUAUUGGUUUAAAGAACUCAACAGUAUUUUUUUGUUCAUACUUGGAGUCUAGGAAACACGACCAUUGAUCAUUAUUUAAUCAACUUUAAUGGUCUACUGAAAUAAAUACGGUAACUUUUCAGUAGGAGAUCACAUAAUUAGAGUAAUCAUUCCCAGAAAACACGUCCACAAGUUGCACCUCUUAACCAAAUCAUCGGAUCCUAGUUAUUCCCAUGAAGGCAGAAUGUUGACCAUUGGCUAGUUUUUUGUGUGUUAGAUUUGACUGAGAAGGGAUAACUGGCUCUUACCAGUCUUCCUUCAUGUCAGCUUUCUGAUAGACCACUAUUGGCAAACGGUAAUCUGUCAGCUACCAAAUGUGUAAGAUUUUCUGUAUUUCACGUUGUCUUAUUUGUAAAUAGUGAACUAAAACUCCUGGCAGAUCGGCAACAUUUGCUGAGCCUGUUUUUUAAGCUAAUGUGUAUUCUUUACUAAUGUUCCUAUCAAGAAUGGAUUUGUAAUAUAUGCUGUCUAUUUCUAAUGUUCACAUUCAUAUUUUGAGGUUCUAUCUUAUUUUAAUAGAGAACAGACUUCUCAGAAAAUCUUCAGAAGCAGCUUAUUAUUAAAAUAUCAAACUAUUGAAAUAAACCCGGUGGGGUUAGAUUACUCAUCUGUCCACCAAGUGGGACAUUGCAUGAACUGGGCCUAAAGGACAGAGAAGAGACUUGUAAGUAAAUCCUGGAAAUGAGCCAACCCCCACUUGAAUGGUCCUGGAGUAACCCAGCUGACCCCGAUUUCAGCUCCGAGGCAGACAAGCCACUGGCUGUUUCAUUUUUCUCCUCCUCAUUUGUGAUGCUCGUGCCCCAGAUGUGUGUCUAGACUGUACACAGGCUUCUCUUUAGUUGGAUUAAAAGUGUUAAGUCCUGUUUUUGUAUGGACACAGAAUACAGUGACCAAAAUAGAAGACCCUCCAUUAGAUAUUUUCAGAUAUCAGCAGAUUUGUGGCAAAUCGUUUGCCUUUUAAAAAAAAUCCAGCUUAAGCAGUUCAGACAGGUUACUCGGAAAAAAUUAUCUGACAUGAUUGUCUUAAGAGGUAAAUAUUUUUUAGUGCAUAUUGAAUAAAAUAAAGUGUUUUAAAGAACUUAUUAUGCAAACUCCUUCGGGUUGUUUUUCUUUUCUUAAGUGGUGGGGAUAAACGUGACUAUGAAUCCAACCUUCUAAUGGGAUUGAUUUUAUCGUUGCUAUUGACUAAUUUCAUCCUCUAGCUUCUCUUUCAGUUUUGUUGUAAACUUAAAAAACAUAUUCCAAACUCAUCUUGCUCAAAUUUUAUAGAAGAGUUUUCUGGUAAGAGAGAAUAUUGUUUAAAAACGCUUUUAUCUGAGCUUAUUUCCCUCUUUCCUAUAUUUGUGAUUUCAUUAUCAGGAGACAUACCUAAGGCACAUUUUUGAAAAGUGAAGAGUUGGCCGUGUGGCUUCAUUUUGUCUGUUUUCUGUUUGCUCUCUCUCACUAUUACUAGAUAGUAAGUCAUAAAUACUUUCUACCAUGGCAGAAGAAACAAAAUUUUAGUAAGUAUUUAUAUCUCAGUACUCGGGGCCUUAAAAGAUAAUGUGUCCCUUAAAGGUGUUACCGUGUCAGAUGGGGUUUGGCCCCUUUGUUUUAGGAUUGGUUCUUAAAGAGCCACUGUGUCAACAUUUAAGCGGCUCCGUUUCUGUGAAUAAGGUAACUCAUGCAGCUGUCAGAAAGCCACCGUUGAAUGAAGCGGUUCAUUUUAGAUUUCAUUUAAAGCUGCUUUUUUUGCACACAGAUCACUGUUUCUAAGCUGAUCUGUGCACUAAUAUAACUGUCCAACAGUAUUAACCUGAUAUUUUUACACGAUUUCCUAUUACGUUUUAAAAAGAUAAACAUCAAACGUUGUAUAUCAGUUCCUGUUUUUAUACUCGAGCAUUUGUAUUCCUCCUUGAAAGGCAAUAUUUUAGAUUUGGAGAUGUUAAUGUUUCCUCAAAAGCUUGCAAAGCUCUCGCCACAUUUCUGCUGUGAGAACACCAAGAAUGAAGUGUUCCUUAGUCUGUUCUGCUGGUCCGCAUUUGUAUAUUGUAACGCUGAGCUGGUUCCCUGAAGGAAUUGCUGUAUAAGGUGAAGCGUGUGUGUUCACAUCCUGACAUGCAGGCCAUGCUCUGUAUGGAAUGGCAAGCCCCGGCCCAGAGCAGUGACCAGGCAUUGGAGCUGUUGCUGCAAUUACCCAUUUUGGAAUCAACAAGGUACUUUCUGACUCUUGUUUCUUAUAUAGGGGAAUUUUAAAUAAAAUUUAAAGUCAGUUAAUUCUUUUUGUUGUAAAAAGUUUUUAAAAUUUUUCAUUAAUCCAAAGAAACAAUGUUUUUAAAUAGAAGCAAAGGGUUUAUAGUGUGCAAUCUGUAGAUUUAUCAAUUACCUCAGCAGGCAUCCUGCCAUGUAAUUAUUAGUGAUUAGUGUUAAUAAGUUAAAAGAUUUAGGUCUUCUGACUAUGCCCUUGGAUUAUGGCCUACCCUAUGUAAUUAAACAGUCUCUUAGUGUCCAAAAUGGGAGUAGAUGCUGUGGCUCCCUCUCACUUUACCUUAAAAAAAUGUUUUUAUUGAUUUUGUAGAAAGAAAGGAAGGAAGGGAGAGGGAAGGAGAGAGAAAUAUCAAUGAUGAGAGAGAAUAAUGUAUUGGUUGCUUCUUGCACACCCCCUACUGGGGAUCGAGCCUGCAACCUGGGCAGGAGUCCGAGAUCACUUGGUGCAUGAGACUGCCCAAUCCACUGAGCCACACUGGCCAGACACCCUUACCUACUUGCACUCCCAACAAAUGAAGGAUGAAAGUCUCACUUCUUGCUAGCACUGCUUAUUUGCAUAAUGAGCAUUAGGUCAGUGAGUAGCUUUAUAAAAUCUACCUACCCCAUCUCUCCUAAGUGAAACAAUCAGUUCUUCGCUCCUGCCAUCGGCGUCAGUGAUCCGCUGAAGGUGAGCCACGGUUCCCAAGGGGCAUCCCAGUGCUGGACCCCGCUGUUCUCCUCACGGUCCUCUCCUCCCUGACAAAGCAAUAACACGCUUUCUGUCUGCUGCCUCAGCAUGCCAUAACCCUCUCCCAGACGUGACCAUAGGAAAGUUUGUAUGCAUAUCACCCAGUCUGUCUCUUAAAAAUGAAGAAAAGUGUAUGCUGGAGCUAAUGACAAUAUAUUGCGGCAUUUUAUUUUAAAAAUUGGAGAAAGUUGCAUAUUUUUUUAAAAGUAGGUGUUUGAGUAAAAAAAUUGAAGGUACUUUUUUAAGAAAAAAAUUUAUAUGCCUCAGUUUACAUAGACAUUUCAGAUUUCAACAUGUUACUCUGGGAUAUAACGGUUCCUUUUACUUGGUCAAAAUGCAUGUGUAGCAUUUCUUCAGUCUUAGUUCCUCGUGUUUGCCUUUGUGGUCUUUUAUAUAUAUUUUUUUAUUGUAUCGGAGAAACAAUUAUCCUAAAAAAUAAAUCCAUUUGGAUAUUUGUCAUAAUCAAACUAUAAAAUGUACAAAUGAAGUUUAGCCCCUUUUCUAGCAAGUGAUCUUUACAAUGAAAAGUGCUGUUCUUUUAAAUUCACCAAAUUUGUAUGGGGAAAGGCACAGAAUAAUUUCCUAAGUGCCACUGCAAUAUUCCCUUUCAAGUGUGGCCUAAAUUUCAAUCUUAAAGAAACGCAUGUCUGCUCCUGGUCUGAAAAAUGUAGGCAUUUACUAUGUUUUAAAUCACAGUGACAGAUGUACAUAAACCUCUGAGAAAAGAUUUGUGCAAUCUGAAAGCCUGUUAAUUUCCUGUGUAGAAAUGCUGACACACGAAAGGGUUAAAUUCACAGCCUUCCUGGUUCCUCGCUACCGGUGUUUCCACUGGGGUCCUCCCCUCAUUUUAUUCCUCCUCCCACAACUUCCAUUCUUUUGCACAUAGCUACCUACCCUUCGAUAUGAUUCUUAAAGGAAAAGUGCUGUUUCUGUGGUAUUGUAUUCUCUAAAUAAUCAUAUUUAAUUUUUUAAAACAAGGUUGCAGUUUCUAGUUGUUCCGUUCCUGUGUUUUGCUGGUGUGUAAUAAAAGUAAGAUUUUCUUUUCCUGGUUAUUUAACACAGUAGCUGCCUGUAAAUAUUCCUUGUUAUACUGCCCUGGAAUGUGUUAUAGAAGUUGUAUUAGAUUAGUUUAAACCUUGUUUGAAAGCCACAUUGUUUUGGUUAUUUUUAUUAAAUUAGAAAAUUGAAAAUGUU